CAAUCAGAACCCAGAGCAGCUGGUCUCUAUGGUAACAACGGUUCGUUUGGAGCACAGCAGCGUCGGACUGAAGCUGAGAACAAACUGGUUCAACUGGGAGAACUGGAGGAGAAACUGUCAUGGCAGGAACGUCCAGACACGACCGAGCGAUGGCCCAGAAGGCCAAGCAGCAGCUGUCGGGAUGUUCUGACCCGGUGGAGCGGCUCCGACUGCAGUGUCUGACCCGAGGCUCGUCUGGGAUCAAAGGCCUGGGCAGGACCUUCAGGAUCAUGGACGACAACGAGAGCCGCUCCCUGGACUUCAAGGAGUUCCUGAAGGGCCUGAACGACUACGGGCUGCUGAUCGAGAAGGACGAAGCCUCCGCCUUGUUCCGCCACUUCGACCGCAACGACAGCGGCUCCAUCGACUUUGACGAGUUCCUCAUCACCCUGAGGCCUCCCAUGUCCAAGUCCAGGAUGGAGGUGGUGAUGGAGGCGUUCAGGAAGCUGGAUAGGACCGGAGACGGCGUGAUCACCGUGGACGACCUGAGGGGCGUCUACAACGCCAAGUACCACCCAAAGUACCAGAACGGGGAGUGGACCGAGGAGCAGGUGUUCCGGACCUUCCUGGACAGCUUCGACUCUCCGUACGACAAAGAUGGGAAGUUUUCUCUCAGUCUGGAGAACGUUGGACAGAACCGAUUAUGGAUCCGCUCCUCUUCCUCACUGACCGUCUUCAUCCUCUGACCUCCAGGUGAGCAAAGAGGAGUUCCUGAACUACUACAGCGGCGUCAGCGCCUCCAUCGACAGCGACGCCUACUUCAUCCUGAUGAUGACCAACGCCUGGAAGCUCUGACGCCGCAUGAGCUACGACUCAUUUAUAUUAAUAUAU